AUGCUCCAGUCAUCACCCUUUCUGCGGCCGGCCCGCAAAUCGCCUCGGUACUCCGUACGGCCUUUUUACACUUCCAUAGCCGUUUUUACAACCCUUGCGACACUGAGCUUUCUUAUCGCAUGGGUUGGAAAGGGUCAAGCGGAUCGUACCACAGCGACCACACUUCUUGUCAAGCGCAAUAAAGAGCCAGAGUGUCGUCUCGUACGUGAAGUUAAAGACCAAUGUGCAUAUGUCCGCGACAAUUGCCCAGAUCACCAAGAUGGCCUAUUCUCUUAUCUACAGCUAUACUAUUGCGCCCUCCCGGAUGCAAAACCGCUUGCAUUUCUCAUCUUGAUCCUCUGGUUGUCGCUCCUCUUCAGUACCAUCGGCAUCGCCGCCAGUGAUUUCCUAUGUAUCGACUUGAGUACACUGGCGAGCAUUCUGGGCUUGAGCGAGAGUCUCACGGGCGUUACUUUUCUCGCAUUCGGCAAUGGAAGUCCCGAUGUCUUCUCAACAUUCGCCGCCAUGCGCUCGAAUAGUGGCAGCCUAGCCAUUGGCGAAUUGAUUGGAGCUGCAAGUUUCAUCACGUCUGUCGUGGCCGGCUCCAUGGCUCUAGUCCGGCCGUUCAAGGUCGCGCGAAGAAGCUUUGUCCGGGAUGUUGGUUAUUUCGUGGUCGCCAUCAGCUUCAGCAUGUUUCUCCUAGCCGAUGGACGGCUCCAUGUCUGGGAAUCGGCUGCAAUGGUUGCUCUAUAUGCAUUCUACGUUUUCAUGGUUGUGGCGUGGCACUGGUAUCUGGUUCGACGUCGGAAACGUCACGAAAGGGACAUGGCAGCACGGACACAUUUCCAUAUCCCUGACAACCAGGAGCUGGAAUACGAACAGCCUUUGGAUGACGAUGACCCAGGUGUUGCAUCGGAAUCACGCGACUCUCGGAACCUUCUCCGCGGUGCAUCCACCGAUGACUUUGACCUACUGGAACGCGCCGAAAGAGCCCCUAGUUGGAAAGAGGAGGAUGACGAGGACGACGAAACCCGCAACCGGUAUUUAGCCGAGAUUCGAGACAACAUGCACGUUUAUCGACCUCCGAAUCGAUCGAGACGAAACACUAUGAAUCCGAUUCGACCAAGUCUUGUUGGUGCGCUGGAAUUCCGAUCCGUGCUACACUCGCUUGAGAAAGAGAGGAAUAUCAGACACAGGCCGUCAAACAGCCUAGGCAGCUAUUCGGACGAUGGCGAUGCAUCUUCUCAGACUUGGGACACUAGAUCCGUGGCAUCCCAUCCUCGUGCUACCAGGCCCUCUGGGUCUAACGACCGCCUGUCGCCGCAUAGCGCCGAAGGCUCUAGGGCUCGAGCAGUGUCAGCCAAUGAUGCCGAUAGAUUGGAACUGGACCCCAGUGUGCUAGGUCGUCAUCAAGAAGAGGUACCGCAGCUUACUGUUAGACGACCUUCUGAGGAGGUGCCCAGUCGACAAUCUGUGCAGCCACCUCGAAUCGAUACUAAUGUGGCAAUAACACUCUCUCCCUCGGCAUCUACACAGCCAUCACCAAACGGAAGUCCCACUGCCGCGAAUGCUCCCCAAACACCUGAUCUACUAGCUCCACCUGGUGCUUUCAGUUCCCCCAACUAUCAAUCAAGUACGACUCAUGACCGAUCGCCACAGGCAGUCUCGCCACGAGGCACGAGCGGCAGCUAUCAAUCUAUGGCUGGUCUAGAAAGCCCUUCGGCCCCGUUCCCGAUAUACGUCGAUGACACUUCAGCCCCAUCAUCACGGGCACCCAGUAUCCGUUUACCCAAUCCGGUGGCCAGUCCAUCAGAACAGCUCCUCGUCCAUGACCCCUUUGAUGAUAGGCUUACGGAUAGCUCUUCAUGGAUAGUUGCCGCACCCAGUGUCUUUCUUCUCACAAUCACUGUCCCGGUCAUCGAACCUCAAGCUCCGGAAUACGAAGAACCAGACCCCAUACCGGCGGUGAUCAUCGAACAAUUCGAUACUGAUGGACCUGCUCCAAGAGUACGACUACCAGCCGACAGUCCCACCAUUCAUCCCAUUGGACAUGGCCGUCGUGAUUCCAUCCCCGAGAUAUCAACAACACAUUCCCAUCCCCACAAACCUUCUCAUGACGACUCUUACAGCCGACCUCGUUGGGACUCGGAGCUACCAGCAGCACCCCCGCCUCCAGCAAUUGACACAGUAACGUCUGCCAAGGACUGGAAUCGCUGGCUAGUCUCAAUCCAACUCUUCACGGGUCCAUUCUUCUUUACCCUGAUUGCCUGGACUACCGUAGACACAUCCCUCAAUCCACGCAACUUCAUCCUCCCGGCUCUGAUAUCUCUGCUCUUCUCUUUCAUCUGCCUCACCCUCCUCAUUAUCACGACACGCAGUCGCCCAUAUAACCGACUUUCCUCAACAAACCACUCAUCCGGAGAGCACGAGGCUACCGCCCCAGAUCUAGAACCACAAUCGCAACCCCUCCCAUCAUCAUGGCGCCCCGUCCUCUCCAUGCUCGGCUUCCUGGUCGCAAUAUCCUGGAUUGCAACAAUAGCAACAGAAGUCGUCUCCCUCCUCAAAACACUCGGCGUCAUUCUCGACAUCUCAGACUCCCUCCUCGGUCUCACCGUCUUCGCCGUCGGGAAUUCCCUCGGCGACCUCGUCGCCGACAUCACAGUCGCAAGGCUCGGAUACCCCGUCAUGGCACUGAGCGCUUGCUUCGGCGGACCCAUGCUCAACAUCCUCCUCGGUAUCGGGUUGGGCGGGCUAUACAUGACUCUCAAUCGAUCAGGCACUCCAUCCCGCCGUGACGAAAUCUUUUCUGGCGGGAGUGGAGGUAUGACUGCUGCGGAAACCUCUUACGAGAUUGAAAUCUCCAAGGUUCUGGUUAUCAGCGGUGCUACCUUGCUUGUUGUCCUGGUUGGUCUUUUGAUUGUCGUUCCGCUAAACGGGUGGCGCAUGGAUAAGAGAAUUGGCUGGGGUCUUAUUGUUGUUUGGUGUAUUAGUACCAUUGGCAAUGUGAUUGCGGAGUUAACAUAA